CGGAAACGUUUCCUUGACAAUCAACUAGCAACGCGCUGUGCUUGGCGUCUCUGUGUUCGGGAUUAGCAGGACUGUUGAAGCCGAACUCUAAUCUUGUUGUACGGAUUUGGGUUUCAGUAUCAGCGAAUUUAUUGCCCAACUGCAAAAAUGAGUCUGUCUCUGAGGACUGACCUAACUGCUGAUAAGAGCAAAAGGAAGAAAAGGAGGGAACUUACAGAGGAGCAGAAGGAUGAGAUCAAGGAGGCAUUCGAGCUCUUUGACACAGACAAGGAUAAAGAAAUAGAUUAUCAUGAAUUAAAGGUGGCGAUGAGAGCUCUGGGUUUUGAGGUGAAGAAAGUAGAUGUGUUGAAGAUCUUAAAAGACUACGACAGAGAAGGAACUGGGAAAAUAACUUUUGAAGAUUUCAAAGAAGUGGUGACAGACAUGAUAUUGGAGCGAGACCCAAAAGAGGAAAUAAUGAAGGCGUUUAAACUGUUCGAUGAUGAUGAAACGGGAAAGAUAAGCCUGAGAAACCUUCGGCGAGUUGCUCGUGAACUGGGCGAAGACAUGAGCGACGAAGACCUGCGAGCCAUGAUUGAUGAAUUUGACACCGAUGGGGAUGGAGAGAUUAAUCAAGAGGAGUUCAUCUCCAUCAUGACCGGAGACUCGUGAGCAGCUGUGAUUCAAGUAGACUGUUUGCUGAAGAUUUGGCUGCACAUAAGAUCCAAUCGAUCAGACAAACUGAUCUAAUGAACAGUAAACCUCAUUUCAAAUGUAUGGAACGGUAGGUCCGGUUGGUGCUAAAGUUUGAACUGAACUGGCCGUGAAGGAUGAACAACAUUUCAGGUGAUGAAUAGGUUGGUUCGAUUUUUAUAGGGAUACUUUGUUGUUUUAUCAUUGCAAAUGUGUUAUGUCUUUAAUAUUAAUAGUUUGCAUUGUAGUUGUUCAUUUUGCAUUUGAAAUAACAUUCCAAAGUACUAUUUAUUGUAAAUGCACAGUAAAAACACCAUUUUUCACUCGUCUCUUUGACUAAAGGGCAGAAUCGUCUUCAUAGCCACAUUGAGGUGAAAGGUCCACUAUGGUUCUCAAUUGGGGGGUCACAGGUCUGUUCUGAGGGUAAAAAGACACCGUUUUUGUGUGUGUCCCUUUAAAUGCAAAUUAUCUGCUACUCCCGGCCCCCUUUCCAGAAGAGCAUGGAGCUUUAACAGCUCACGCUUCGGUUGUUCGACAACAACAAAGCUGGAGAAUCUCACGCAGCCAAAAUGAGGAUUGUCAGUAACGGUGUUCAGCCUUACAUUGUUCAAACCGGAGUCGGACACUGAUGGAGAGACUCAGGAAGAAGUUACAACUUUUAGAAUGCAUCUGGAGUUUUCUGAAUGAUUAGAGGAUAAAUGUAUAUAGUUGCUCUGGAGUUGAUUCAACUCAUCCACUAGCAUGUGUCGUCAUGUUAAUCUUUUUGUGCAAAUCCAGCGUUGAAUUGACCCUCGUUUGUGAAGCAGUCCGACGUAAAAUGACAGCAUGGCAACAACACUCUACUACAACAACUCUUCCUCAUCUCUAAAGCAGCUCAACAUGGCCUUGCCUUUUGUUGUGUGUUCUCGGGGACAGAGUUUAUGUAAAUUUUGGGGUUUGUGAUGUUACCAACCCAGGAAGAAGCUCAUUGUAGUCCCUACCAGUCGUUUGUUUUAGUCCUUAAAAACCGAUUUCUGUAAAAUAAAAUAUCUCACUUUGCAUUGAA